AUGGGUGGAGAUAAGGUGCUUACGGCUCUGCUAGUUGUGGUUCUUGUGGCGGUGACAGUUGGGGCUCAAGAGGUUCAAGGUCCGGUGCACCAUGUCGUAGGCGGCGACCACCGUUCCGACAUCGGUUCUUGGUUGUCCGGUCGAGUCUUCAGGGUUGGUGACAAAAUCUGGUUCACCUACUCAGCACCACAGGAAAGCGUCGUCGAGCUGCAGAGCCUGGAGGAAUAUAAAUCGUGUGAUCUCUCUAACCCUAUCAAGAUGUACACGGACGGCGUAAAUCAAAUUCCACUUGAAAGGGAAGGGAGCAGGUACUUUGUGAUUGGGAACCAGGAAAAUUGCAAUAAUGGUCUGAAGCUACAUGUUGAUGUGAAGCCUUCUGAGCCACAGCAGCUACCUGACCCUAACCCUAGCCCAUGGGUGCUGCCUCCACCGGAGCCCAAGCCUGAGCCUUUGCCGCACAUACCGCCCCCACCCUAUCCCUCUGCCUCAACCCAACUGAACGGGCUUUCGUUUGGGCUGGCUGUUGGUCUUCUGCUUUGCUUUUUGGGCCUGUAG